GAUCGGUCAUCCAUGUCAACGCCUGCGUGGCGGUCACGAAGUAAACGUCAGGACAAGGACGAUGAGGAUGAUGCGUCGCCGGCGUGUGCACGCGGAGGGGCCUCUCGCAUCGUGAGAAAAUAUAUGGGCGGGAGAAAUUCCAGAAGAGAAGUUCGAGAAAGCGAGAAACGUGAUUGCGGGCAUUCCGAUAUGUUUGGACACGAGAUCGGUCGGAAAUUACAUGUGAAAACAUCUGAUACGUGCAACUCGAUCGCUCGGCGAUUAAAGCCCGGCAAAAUGCCGCGGAAUCGGCGACCUCACUUUCGCUGGACUUCCUGAUACAAUGACGGAUGUCUACAUUCUAUACGCGGGACUCGAAAGAACUAAGAUACAUUUCAAACAAUGAGGAGGAGGAAAAAGAUAUAUUUCGUUGCAAGUUAUAGAUUUCGAUAAUCUGUGCGAGGUAAUAAGAGAUUAUCAAUGAAACCUUUAUAGAAUUUCUCUCUCUUCCGUUUAAUCUGCCUUAUUUGAUUCUUGAUAAACGCAAUAUCGCGCAACGAACGUCUCUUCAAUCCUAGUCUAUUUCUUUUCCAGGCGGGAUGUAGUCGCGACGAGCGAGGACGGGACGCGUUGCGGCCGCAGCCUCGUCGAGAGAGGUGUUGCUCGCGUUCGCGGAUGUCAAAGAGGU